AUGCUUCAAAACACUACUUUGGACGCUCGCUCAGGUUGGGUCUCAUCCGGAGACGGCAGAAGCACAUCCGAUAUUCUGUGGAGUUGUUUCUCUGUGUUCCUAGUCUGCACGUGGAGUUGUCUCCAUUUGAACGUCCCUAGCAUCGAGGAGUCUGAGGCUGGCUGGUACGAUUGGCAUGGCAUACCAUAUUGGCCUGAACUACCUUUGCUAGAAAAAUGGAUUAGAAAGAUCCUUUGGAUGGGAGCUAUCGUACUCGCUCCAGAAGUUGGUGUUGCUAUGGCCAUGAGAGAUUUCCUCUCGGCGAGAGAGUCUUUUGCUAAGGCAGCUGUGCAGAAUGCUGAUGAAACGGGGGAAGACGAGAGAGCAAAGAUGACAAAAAGCCAUGCCUUUUUAGCAAAUAUGGGUGCAGAUGCUGGAGAGAAUAUGGAGCGACCUGCUUCGAACACAAACUUCGAUAUACCUGCACCGACUUUGGUGGAAGGAAUCUUGAUGAAUUAUGACGCAUUGGCAUAUAUACGAGAAAUUUGUCAAGACUGCCAUAUACCGGAUGAAGAAGACAUCAAAGCACUCAGCAAGCGUGAUCCAUUUACCAAAUUGUUUGCUAUCGUUCAAUCAACUUGGCUGGUAGUACAAUGUAUUGCUAGAGCUUCGGUCGGCUUGCCGAUUACACAACUCGAGCUGGCCACUAUCGCCUUUGUGUUUUGUGGCCUGGUGAUGUACGGACUGUGGUGGAAUAAACCUUAUGGUGUCGAGAGGAGAGAACUCGUCGUGGGUACGACAAACGUGAACCCCUCAUGUAUGCAUGGCAGUGUCGUCCUCCUUCCUAACCAGAUUUAUCACUAUCCAUACAACCAAGUAUCACAUCAAGACUUUAGAACUACACGAACCGAACAACCCCCUUUUUUUGCGUAUAUCGACCUUAGCACAAAUGAUCUCAGCCUGAAGAUGGCUGCGGCUGCGUUGGCAUACCUCCGCGGCUCGAAGCCCAAGAGCCUAGGCACAGAAAUUGGAUCGCAAAUCGCAUUCUACCUCGCAGGGACAUUAUUCUCAGCAUUACAUAUCCUAGCCUGGAACUGGGAAUUCCCAAACACGGAUAUCAAGAUUGCGUGGCGCGUCUUUGCAGUCACCGCAACUACAGCAUACUUGGGUGGUGGGCUCUUUUUGUUUGUUACAUUAUUUCAAGAGUUGGGCUUCUUGUUCUGA